AUGAGUGACCUUCCAAUUGAAUUCACAGAACUUGUUGACCUGACGUCCUUGGGGAUUUCCCCUCAAUCCCUGGAUUUUAGGUCAACAACUUUUGAAAGUGAUCAUUACGUUACUGUGAGAGAAUCUAACAAUGGCGCUAAUUCGGUGGCAAUCGUGGACUUGCAAAAUGGGAAUCAAGUGAUUCGGAAAAAUAUGGGUGGUGAUUCGGCGAUAAUGCAUCCUUCUCAAAUGGUUAUUUCCGUUAGGGCUAAUGGGACCAUUGUUCAAAUUUUCAAUUUGGAAACGAAAUCGAAACUCAAAUCGUUCACUCUUGAAGAACCAGUACUGUUUUGGAGAUGGAUUAGCGAUCAAACACUUGGGUUUGUCUCGACGAACUCGUUGUAUGUCUCGCACGUCUUUGAUGGACAAGUUGGACUCAAACCUGAAAAAUUGACUCAAAGACACGCGAAUCUCAACAACACGCAAAUCAUCAAUUUCGUCGCCAACAAGAAUUUGGAUUGGUUUGCCGUAGUGGGUAUUAUUCAAGAAAAUGGUCGUAUUGCAGGUAAGAUCCAGCUUUUCUCCAAAGCGCGUGGCAUCUCUCAGGCCAUUGACGGCCAUGUCGCCCAUUUUUCCCAAAUUUUGCUCGAAGGUAACCCACAACCGGUUCAAGUGUUUGUUACUGGUAACAGGAACGUUACCACAGGUGCUGGUGAACUUCGUAUCAUCGAAAUCGACCACGAUUCGGCAAAUCCGAAACCAUACCAGAAAAAGACCGUCGACAUUUUUUUCCCACCUGACGCAGUCAACGAUUUCCCACUUGCAUUGCAAGUUUCAGAGAAAUACGGUGUUGUUUACGUCUUAACCAAAUAUGGGUUCAUUCAUUUAUAUGAACUCGAGACCGGUACCAACCUUUUUGUGAAUAGAAUCACUGCCGAAUCCGUUUUCUGUGCCACCAGCUAUAAUGACAAGACGGGAAUUGCUUGUAUCAACAAGAAGGGUCAAGUUUUAGCUGUAGAGAUCUCGACCUCUCAAAUCGUCCCCUAUGUUUUGAACAAAUUGUCCAAUGUGUCUCUCGCUUUGGCUAUGGCGUCCAGAGGUGGACUACCCGGUGCUGACGACUUGUUCAUCAAGCAAUUCGAUUCUCUAUUAGCUUCUGGUGACUACCAAAAUGCAGCCAAAGUCGCAGCCUCGAGCCAACAGCUAAGAACUCAAAACACAAUUAACCGCUUAAAGAACAUUCAAGCAGCUCCAGGUGCAAUCUCGCCAAUCUUGCUUUAUUUUUCGACCUUGCUUGAUAAGGGCAAAUUGAACAAGUAUGAGACGAUAGAGCUUGCCAAACCUGUUUUGCAACAAGAUAGAAAACAAUUAUUCGAGAAAUGGCUCAAAGAGGACAAAUUGGAAUGCUCUGAAGAACUCGGUGACAUUGUAAAACAAUUCGACACCACUCUGGCCCUAGCUUGUUAUCUCAGAGCAAACUCACAUUCUAAAGUGAUCACUUGCCUGGCAGAGUUGCAGCAGUUCGACCGCAUUAUACCAUAUGCUGAAAAGGUGGGUUACCAACCUAAUUUCGUGGUGCUAAUCUCUAGUCUUUUGAGAUCAUCCCCAGACAAGGCCUCUGAGUUUGCCAUCAGUUUGCUACAAUCCCCAAAGACGGCAGCAGAAAUCGACAUCGAGAAAAUCGCGGACAUUUUCUUUGGUCAAAAUUUCGUUCAACAGGGUACUUCUUUCUUACUCGAUGCUCUCAAAGGUGAUACCCCAGAUCAAGGUCAUUUGCAGACGCGCGUUUUAGAAGUUAAUUUGCUGCAUGCUCCACAGGUGGCGGAUGCAAUUCUAGGCAACAACAUCUUCAGUCAUUACGACAAACCCACGAUUGCAUCGCUCGCCGAAAAAGCCGGACUUUACCAAAGAGCCCUCGAAAACUAUACUGAUAUCAAGGACAUAAAGCGUUGUAUUGUUCAUUCGAAUGCUCUUCCAGCUGAUUGGAUUGUAUCAUUUUUCGGAAAGCUUAACGUCGAGCAAAGUUUAACUUGUCUAAGGGCGCUUAUGGACGCAAACUUGCAAGCCAAUUUACAAAUCGUCAUUCAGGUGGCGACAAAGUUCUCUGACUUACUCGGAUCGCAAGUACUUAUCAAACUUUUUGAAGAGUACAGAGCCACUGAAGGGCUGUACUAUUACUUGGCCUCUUUAGUCAACUUGACUGAUGACAAGGAUGUGGUUUUCAAGUACAUUCAAGCCGCCGCAAAAAUUGGCCAAUACAAGGAAGUGGAGAGGGUCGUCAAGAGCAACAACGUUUACGAUCCAGAGAAGGUCAAAAACUUCUUGAAAGAUGCUAAACUUCCUGACCAGAUGCCUUUGGUUAUUGUUGCAGACCGGUUCAAUUUCAUACAUGAUCUGAUUUUGUAUCUUUACAAGGCUCACGAGUUCAAAUUUAUUGAGGUCUAUGUUCAACAGGUUAAUCCUUCGAAGACCCCACAAGUUGUGGCGGCCCUUUUGGAUGUCGACUGCGAUGAGAAGGUGAUUCAAAACUUACUGCAAACUGUUUUAGGUCAAGUUCCUAUUGCUGAAUUGACUAAUGAGGUCGAGAAAAGAAAUAGACUCAAAAUCCUGUUGCCAUUCUUGGAGCAAAGUUUGGCGCAAGGAACCCAGGAGCAGGCUGUCUAUAACACUUUGGCCAAGAUUUACAUUGAUUCGAAUAAUUCGCCCGAAAAGUUCCUGAAGGAAAACAAUCAGUACGAUACUCUCGACGUUGGGCGCUACUGUGAGAAGAGGGACCCUUACUUGGCAUACAUUGCUUACGAAAAAGGACUUAACGAUGACGAUCUCAUCAGAAUCACCAAUGAAAACAGCAUGUACAAGUAUCAAGCACGCUAUUUGUUGAGCCGCUCAGACCUCGAAUUAUGGAAUAAGGUAUUAGGUGAAGAAAAUAUGCAUAGACGCCAACUUGUUGAUGCCGUUGUCGGCUCUGGUAUCGGCGAAUUAAGCGAUCCAGAACCUGUAUCGUUGACAGUCCAAGCCUUCAUGAAUAAUGGUUUGAAACUGGAAUUGAUCGAGCUCUUGGAAAAGAUCAUCUUGGAGCCAUCUCCAUUUAAUGAGAACACUGCCUUACAAGGACUUCUUCUUCUAUCUGCCAUCAGAUACGAACCUUCAAAAGUUGCGUCUUACAUUGAAAAGCUCGAUAGUUACGAUGUUGAUGAGAUUGCGCCAAUGUGCAUUCAAAGCGGUCUAAAUGAGGAGGCAUUCGAGAUUUACAACAAAAACGAGAAGUAUCAGAAGGCACUUCAAGUUUUGGUUGAGGAAAUUCUAUCAUUGGAUCGCGCCGAAGCUUACGUGGACAAAAUCAACACACCCGAACUUUGGUCUCAACUGGGCUCAGCUCAGCUCGUCGGCUUGCGUAUAACCGAGGCGAUUGAAUCCUAUAUAAAAGCCAAUGAUCCUUCCAAUUAUGAGAAUGUGAUUGAGACGGCAGAGCAAGCGAACAAGUAUGAGGCUUUGGUUUCGUUUUUACUAAUGGCCAGACAGACCUUAAAAGAGCCAAAGAUUGACGGUGCUUUGAUUCUGGCUUACGCUGACCUCGGCAAACUUCAUGAAAUUGAAAACCUCCUUGCUGGUACAACUGUUGCAGACUUGGAUGCAGUUGGGGAAAAGCUGUUUGAAAAGGAGGACUUUAAGGCUGCCAGACUAUGCUUCUCCGCCGUUUCCAAUUAUUCUAAGCUCGCCACCACUUUGGUGUAUCUCAACGACUACCAGGCUGCUGUUGAUACAGCAAGGAAGGCCUCGAAUGUUAGAGUUUGGAGAGAAGUUAGCGACGCCUGUGUUGACAACAAGGAGUUCAGGCUGGCUCAAAUUUGUGGUCUUAACUUGAUUGUUCAUGCUGAAGAACUUGACGAGCUCGUUGAAAAAUACGAAACUAGCGGAUACUUCGAGGAACUGAUCUCUCUGUUCGAAGCUGGGCUAGGAUUAGAAAGAGCGCACAUGGGCAUGUUUACCGAGCUUGCCGUCUUGUACACCAAGUACGAGCCAUCUAAGACAUAUGAGCACUUGAAGCUUUUCUGGUCAAGAAUCAACAUUCCAAAAGUCAUAAACGCUGCAGAAAGAGCUCAUUUGUGGAAAGAGCUUGUUUUCUUAUAUGCACACUAUGACGAAUGGGACAACGCAGCUCUAACUGUGAUCGAAAAGUCUACUGACGACUUUGACCAUUCCUACUUCAAAGAGAUUGUGGUCAAGGUUUCCAACCUUGAGAUUUAUUAUAAGGCUAUGAAUUUCUAUGUUAAGGAGCAUCCUUCGCUGUUAGUUGAUCUGAUGGCCGCCCUUACGCCAAGACUGGAUAUACCCCGUACCGUGCGCAUCUUUUCUAAAUCUGACAACUUACCAUUGAUCAAACCAUUUUUGGUUAGCGUCCUACCAAAGAACAAUUCAGUCGUCAAUCAAGCUUAUCACGACCUCAUGGUUGAAGAAGAGGAUUACAAAGCUCUUCAGGACGCGGUUGACUCUUAUGACAAAUUUGAUCAACUAGAUCUCGCCGCGAGGUUGGAAAAACACGAUCUAAUCUUCUUCAGAAAAAUUGCUGCCAAUCUGUACCGCAGAAACAAAAAAUGGUCUAAGAGCUUGGCUAUUUUGAAGACUGAUAAACUAUGGAAGGAUGCGAUAGAAACUGCUGCCAUUUCUCAAAGUACUGAGACUGCUGAAGAGCUUCUAUCAUACUUCAUUGAGACCGAAAACAAGGAAGCGAUCGUUGCUUUGCUAUAUACCGCUUACCAUUUGGUUAGGUAUGAUGUGGUUCUUGAACUUUCUUGGUUGAAUUCUUUGGACAAUCUCAUCAAGCCCUAUGAAAUUUCGGUCAAAAAAGAACAGAACGACCAACUUCAGACAUUAAGAAAGGAAAUGUUUCAAAGCAAAAACAAUGGCGAAAGCGCUGGUGGUGAAGGUCAAACCCUAAUGCUAACAAACGGUUCUGUGCCUUAUAAUGCGACCGGCCAAAGCUUCGGAAACUUCAUGUAA